AGUCGUGCACGUACUGGUUUCUUGUCCAGGUACAUAAUUGGUGGUGUUGUACUAGAAGUCGACUCGAACACUCGAUGGUCCAACUCGAACUCGGGAAGGCUUCCCCAAGUAUACUCCAUAAAGUAGGAAUCGAGCAGUAGUUGUCGAUCAAUAACCAUGGCGACGCCUGAGAGCAGCGGCGGCGGCGAGAUCCCCCGGGAGAUGCUAGAAGAGAUCCUGGUGAAGCUGCCGACCAAGGACGUGGCGAGAGCCUGCUGCGUAUCGACGCUCUGGCGCGACGUCGUCAGGAGCCCCUCCUUCCGAAAAACCCACAUAGCCGCCGCCGACGACACGGCUCCGGAGGUGCUGCUCGUCUCGGAGAAGCGCGCGCCCGGCAGCUUCACCGAGGCCAGCGUCUCCCUCGUAUCAUCUGGGAGGCCCAUGUGCCGCGUCAACAUCCCCAGCGGCUACACCCUCGCCAACGUCUGCAACGGCAUCCUCUGCUUUGCCUCUGCGGCUGGCCUGGACGACGCGCCGCCGUUGGUCUGCAGCCCUGUUACCGGCGAGUACCUGACGCUUCCCAGUCCGGCACCGCCGCUGGGAGCCCGAAGCAUUCAUCUGUUAACUGCCUUGGGGUUUAGCCCGUCCACCAGGGAGUACAAGCUGUUCCGGCUCUCUGUCGUCUCAGCACGACAUGGUUAUCCUUAUUAUCCCUCUGCUUCCCAGGCCUUGUUCCCGGUAGUACCCUCACCGGCCACCAGCUGCUGCUACCUGGACGUUUGUACCCUAGGCGGCGGCGGCAACAACGACGGGUGGCGCACCACCCGUAUCUCUUCCCAUACCGCAGAACCACAACAGCCAAAUACUCGCCGCCAAUACUCGUGGACGGCAAGCUCUACGUGUUGACGACGAACCAACAGCAGGAAAGGCCUGACUGGAUACUGGUGAUCGACGUGGCAAGCGAGGCGGGCCACGGCGCGGGUGAGCAUCUUCGAGCUGCACGGGCGGCCGUGCCUCGUCGUCAACACCGAGCACUGGUACCGUCCAGAGAUCAAGUUCUGGCUCUUGUCGUCGUCGUCGAAGGACGGCUGGGAUCUGUGUUACAGCUUCUUCGUGGAUGACAAGAUCACGGACGGAGCCGCCUUGGACAACAGUUACGCGGGCCUGCCGAGGGGGCCGUGGCUUGACGAGAAGGAUCAGAUGAUGUGCUACAGGGUUGGCGACGACUUUUACAGGUAUGACAUGAGAGAUUACAAGUACUCUGUUUGUCAGCCUAUGAUGCGCUAUCCGCAGAAGCUCCCGUCAUCGCCGGCUGACAGAUCGUGGAUGAUCUGCGGGGGUUACCGCCCAACGCUACUCUCGCCUCUCACAUUUGCGUCGCCGCCGUCACCCGACAAUCAUGACGACGAAUUCGACCACGCCUUGUUACGUGCGCUGCGUUGCCGUAAAUCGAAGCGACACGCCGGUCGCACCGAUCUCAUUGGGCAACCUGCCAAGAGGAUGUGCUGACUUUUUUUUUUGUGAGCGAAAGAGGAUGUGCUGACUUUUUUUUUUGUGAGCGAAAGAGGAUGUGCUGACUUUUUUUUUUGUGAGCGAAAGAGGAUGUGCUGACUUUUUUUUUGUGAGCGAAAGAGGAUGUGCUGACUGCUAGUAAUGCUCACUCGACGGGCCUGCAGGCCGCGUCAACCAAUUUGUUAGUGUACUACUGUACUAUAUUUUGUUGGGCCUGGCCGAAAUGCAUAUUGUACGUUGCUUUGCAACUCUUAUCAAGCUUUCAUUUGUCCAAUUGGUUCAAAAAGAAAUGGCAUAUUUGAUUAAUCAGGGUUUUAUAUCCUCCCAAAUUCGUUUCUCGUGAAAUUUAGGGAAUUACAUUUUUUUUUCCAUACGACUAUAUAGCCGGGUUUCGUUAA